UGGUGCUGAUGGUGAUAGUGAGCCCUGUUCGUUUGCUCCUCGAAGAAAGAACCGAGGAUAUCCACGGCGACAGUUCAAACUAUUACUUCGACCAAGAGCGAAAGCUGCAUUUGAAUGCUCGGUACUUUUAGUCACGCUUUGAACUGUCUCCGGGCAGACUGGAUGAAACUUGUUCAUUCUUGUGCUGUGAACUGGCUCGCCAUGCUCUUUGUGUAACCUAUGCUGAAUUUUACCCGGCUUCUUGCGAUUUAGAUUUAAAGUUCAGUUGCCGACGCAAAUCUCCCUUACAGCUAUUUUAAAUAUAGCUUGAACGCGAAUCAGAUCAACGUUGGCGGGUAGACUUUUCUUUCGCACACCGCUAUUAGUUUAGUUUUGUUAUCGUGAAUCUGUGGGACAUCGCUGAGGACUCGAACUAGCUGUGGGGGUUAAGUAGCUAGGUUAAUACAAGUGUCCUCAGGCAACCGUCCACAAUGGAGAACGCUCACACAAAGACGGUGGAGGAAGUUUACAGUUUUUUCAGCGUUAAUGAAAGCACAGGACUGAGCCUGGACCAAGUGAAGAGGCAACGAGAAAAAUGGGGACCAAACGAAUUACCGGCGGAAGAGGGAAAAUCACUGUGGGAGCUUGUGGUGGAACAGUUUGAAGACCUAUUAGUCAGGAUUCUUCUGCUAGCCGCCUGCAUAUCUUUUGUGUUGGCUUGGUUUGAAGAGGGAGAGGAGACUAUUACAGCUUUUGUGGAGCCUUUUGUAAUUUUACUAAUUCUUAUUGCCAAUGCCAUCGUUGGAGUCUGGCAGGAAAGAAAUGCUGAGAAUGCCAUCGAAGCCCUCAAGGAGUACGAGCCUGAGAUGGGCAAGGUGUAUCGUCAGGACAGAAAGAGCGUCCAGAGGAUCAAAGCCAGGGAUAUUGUGCCUGGGGACAUUGUAGAAGUUGCUGUGGGCGACAAAGUUCCUGCUGAUAUCCGCAUCUCUUCAAUCAAGUCCACCACCCUUAGGGUGGACCAGUCCAUACUGACAGGGGAGUCUGUCUCUGUCAUUAAGCACACCGACCCUGUCCCCGACCCCCGUGCCGUCAACCAGGACAAGAAGAACAUGCUCUUCUCUGGCACUAACAUCGCGGCGGGAAAAGCCGUGGGCGUAGUGGUGGCCACGGGCGUGAACACGGAGAUCGGUAAGAUCCGUGACGAGAUGGCCUCCACGGAGCAGGAGCGCACCCCCCUGCAGCAGAAGCUGGACGAGUUCGGAGAGCAGCUGUCCAAGGUCAUCUCCCUUAUCUGCAUCGCCGUGUGGAUCAUCAACAUCGGUCACUUCAACGACCCCGUGCACGGCGGCUCGUGGAUCCGCGGAGCCGUGUAUUAUUUUAAGAUCGCGGUGGCGCUGGCCGUGGCCGCCAUCCCAGAGGGACUGCCCGCUGUCAUCACCACUUGCCUGGCGCUGGGCACGCGGCGAAUGGCGAAGAAGAAUGCCAUCGUCCGUUCUUUGCCUUCUGUGGAAACCCUGGGCUGCACCUCCGUCAUCUGCUCUGAUAAAACGGGCACCCUCACCACAAAUCAGAUGUCUGUCUGCCGGAUGUUCAUUGUCGACAAGGCGGAAGGAGACAAGUGCACCCUGAAAGAGUUCACUGUCACCGGCUCCACAUAUGCCCCCGAGGGAGAAGUGUUCCAUGAUGGUAAACCAGUCAGAUGCUCUCAGUAUGACGCCCUGGUGGAGAUGGCCACCAUCUGUGCCCUGUGUAAUGACUCAUCCCUUGAUUACAAUGAGACGAAAGGCGUGUAUGAGAAGGUUGGCGAGGCCACAGAGACCGCACUGACAUGUCUAGUGGAGAAAAUGAACGUGUUUGACACCAACAUCUCAGGCCUUUCCAAAAUCGAGAGAGCUAACGCCUGCAACUCUGUGAUCAAGCAGCUGAUGAAGAAGGAGUUCACCCUGGAGUUUUCUCGGGACAGGAAGUCCAUGUCUGUGUACUGUACCCCCAACAAGGCUCACUCCUCCAUGGGCAAAAUGUUUGUCAAGGGCGCUCCCGAGGGAGUGAUUGACAGGUGCACACACAUCCGAGUCGGAGGAAACAAAGUGCCUCUGACUCCGGGAAUUAAGGAGAGGAUCAUGUCUGUGAUCCGCGAGUACGGCACGGGACGCGACACGCUGCGCUGCCUGGCCCUGGCCACCCGCGACAAUCCCUUGAAGAAAGAGGACCUCGUGCUGGAGGAUUCGUCGCGCUUCAUCGAGUACGAGACCGACCUGACGUUUGUGGGCUGCGUGGGCAUGCUGGAUCCUCCGAGAGCCGAGGUGGCAGCUUCCAUCAAACUGUGCCGCCUGGCGGGCAUCCGCGUCAUCAUGAUCACCGGCGACAACAAGGGCACGGCCGUGGCCAUCUGCCGACGCAUCGGCAUCUUCGGAGAGGGAGACGACGUCUCUCAGAUGGCCUUCACCGGCCGCGAGUUCGACGACCUGUCCCCCGCCGCCCAGCGCGACGCUGUGCUCAGCGCCCGCUGCUUCGCCCGCGUUGAGCCCUCGCACAAGUCGAAGAUCGUGGAAUUCCUGCAGUCUUUUGAUGAGAUCACUGCCAUGACUGGGGAUGGUGUGAACGAUGCCCCGGCCCUGAAGAAGGCUGAGAUAGGCAUCGCCAUGGGCUCGGGCACCGCUGUGGCCAAGACGGCAUCCGAGAUGGUCCUGGCGGACGAUAACUUCGCCACCAUCGUGGCUGCAGUGGAGGAGGGCAGAGCCAUCUACAACAACAUGAAACAGUUCAUUCGCUAUCUCAUCUCAUCCAACGUGGGAGAAGUCGUCUGUAUCUUCCUGACUGCAGCACUGGGGUUCCCUGAGGCACUGAUCCCAGUGCAGCUUCUCUGGGUGAAUCUGGUCACCGAUGGCCUGCCUGCCACUGCCCUGGGCUUCAACCCCCCUGACCUCGACAUCAUGAGCCGACCUCCACGCAAUGCCCGCGAGCCCCUGAUUUCAGGCUGGCUGUUCUUUAGAUACCUUGCUAUUGGAUGUUAUGUGGGUGCUGCUACAGUGGGUGCUGCAGCUUGGUGGUUCAUUGCAGCUGAGGAUGGCCCAAGAGUCACGCUGUACCAGCUGAGCCACUUCCUGCAGUGUGCUCCAGACAAUCCUGAGUUUAAGGGUCUUGACUGUGAGGUCUUUGAAUCUCCUUACCCCAUGACCAUGGCCCUGUCUGUGCUGGUUACCAUAGAGAUGUGCAAUGCCCUCAACAGCCUGUCAGAGAACCAGUCUCUGCUGCGCAUGCCACCCUGGGAGAACAUCUGGUUGCUAGGAGCCAUCUGCCUGUCCAUGUCUCUGCAUUUCCUCAUCCUUUACGUCGAGCCUCUCCCGAUCAUAUUCCAGAUCACUCCGCUCAACAUGACCCAGUGGCUCAUGGUGCUCAAGAUCUCGCUGCCCGUCAUCCUGUUGGACGAGGUGCUCAAGUUCACGGCCAGAAACUACCUGGAGCCCGGUAAAGAGCUGGACAAGCAGACGGGCAAGAGCUGCUCCUUCAGCACGUGCACGGAGGGCAUCUCCUGGCCCUUCGUGGCCAUCUCACUCCCACUCGUGUUGUGGAUCUACAGCACCGACACUAACCUGGCCGAAAUGUUCUGGUCCUGACUCACAUGAGCACAAAACCCCCUCACCAUGUGUGUAGAUAAACAGUGAACAUGUGUGUGUGUGUGUGUGUGCGUGUGUAUGUGUGUGUGCGUGUGUUUAAAGUGUGCCUGUGCACCUGGGAGUGUGCACGAGAAGGACAAAGUUAACACAAACAUAACAGUAAUAUAAAAAAAAAUAAAAUAAAAACACAAACCAUCUUAACUUUUUAAAAUGUCCAGUGGGGAUAAAGGGGACCACAUAGAGCAGAAGUGUUUGUUAGUGCAUUAGUGACCAUUGUUCCCACAGUUUGUGGGCUUACUGCUGGUUUGAUCAGAAACUAUUGUUUUUUGUUUUGUUUUUUCUGGUUUUGUUGCCUUUUUAAAUUUGUAUUUUUAAUCAUUCCUUGUGUGUCAUUUCAAACCGAGACAAAUGAUUAUAUAUAUAUAUAUAUAUAUUUUUUGCUCCCCCUUAUUCCAUAUGAAUACGUAAUGAUGAAAUGACCAAUGGUCCAGAUGUGUACAGAGAUUUAACACUAUUUUAUGCAACCCCUCAUUUGUAUUCUAAUAUCAUUUUUGUGGAACGGAGGAAGGAAUGGACAGGCAGGUUAGAGACAUAGAGCGAGGCUGUUUACUAAUGUUUACCAUUAUGUCUUCAGUGUAUAGACCAUCAGAAUCUCUUUCAGAGCCAAUGGACAAAGCACGGUUUGGCACAGACGCAUGGGAGGAGCUGUGGAGUGAAUGUUUGUAUGCAUCAACUAAAAUCAAAAGUUCUGUGAUGAAACCUGCAUGUUCUGUGUCUUGCAUGCAUUGUAUGUGGAUUUUUUUUUUUUUCAUUUAUGAUUCAUCUGUGUGUCUAUCCCUUUGUGUAACAACUGUCUUUUUCUU